CACUGUGUUUCCAUGUAACCCCUCACCUCUGGAUGAAAACAAGCCGAUCAGCUGAUGUCAACUAGCCAUAACAUUCACAGCGGUAACACCCGACCCGUUUCACCAGACUUUUAACACAACGACGCUUCGGGUAUCAACGAUUACUCAUUGAUUGUCUUAUUCUUCCGGCUGUACUUCAUGGUUCACUGUUUCCUCUGGCAACAUUUCAGUGCCAGAUGUCUUCGUCGUCCCUUCAAAGCUAGCUGGCGGAUUUUUAGUGUUUGUUUACGUCUGUGUCAUUGAGCACCGUGAUUGAAAUAUAGACCUUCUAACCACCGUCGCGAGGUUAGCAACGUGCCUCUCCGUGUCACUCAGCAUGCCAUUGUUAUAAUCGAUAGGAUAUGGAUAUGUGACUUAUCUAUCACUUGACACUUACGUGGUGUUGUUGACAUGUUCCACAAGACAGGUGUGCUGUACUAUAGAAGAGCUCAGAGCCUCAAGUCUGUAAGUCAAUUUGAUCCACAAGGUUAUUGUUUCUUUUAGUUGUGGGUUCUCUUAGCAACGGAGAAGAAAACGUUACUUUGCUUAGAAUGAUUUUUUAAAGUGCCUGUUGAAGUGAUUGGCUUUCCAAUCAUAGUAUAGAUUCAGCAAUAGACAAAAGGGGGAAUCUGACACAAAGGCUGUGUCAACCUGUCAGGUUUGAGAUGAGUUGCCAAGCUCCAUCCGUAGACAAAGGCAUGAACACCGUCCUGGUGUGUCAGGAGAGCUACGCCUGCGGGGGCUCAGACGAGGCUUCGUUCGAAUGCGACGAAUGCGGCAGCCUCCAGUGCACCCGCUGUGAGCUGGAGCUCCACCGGCAGGAGCGCAUGAGGAACCACGACCGCGUGCGCAUCGCCCCCGGCCACAUCCCCUUCUGCGACUCCUGCAAGGGAGACGCGGCCGGCAGCUCCCGCCUGCGAGCGGUGGUGCGCUGCCAGGGCUGCAAGAUCAACCUGUGCUUGGACUGCCAGAAGCGCACCCACAGCGGGGCCAACAAGCGGAAGCACCCCCUCACCCAGUACCCCCCGCCCAAAGCGGCCCCCGAGGGCGGCCUGGCGGACGCGGAGGCCGGGGUUGAGGCCCUCAAGGCCCAGUUGGAGAGAGUAUGCAGCUUCCUCCUGGUGGACGACCGAGAAGAGAUGCAGGUGAAGAACGACGAGGAUUUCGUCAGCCGGCUGGGCUGCAGGCCGGACGAGCUCCUCAAGGUGGUCUCCAUCUUUGGUAACACCGGGGAGGGAAAGUCUCACACGCUCAACCACACCUUCUUCCUGGGGAGGGAGGUGUUCAAGACCUCCCCCACGCAGGAGUCCUGCACGGUGGGGGUAUGGGCCGCCAUGGACCCCGUGCAUCGGGUGGUGGUCAUCGACACGGAGGGACUGUUGGGUGCAGCAGGGGCCAACCAGGGCCAGCGCACCCGGCUGCUCCUCAAGGUGCUGGCCGUGUCGGACCUGGUCAUCUACCGGACGCACGCCGACCGUCUCCACGACGACCUGUUCAAGUUCCUGGGCGACGCCUCGGACGCCUACCUGAAGCACUUCACCCGGGAGCUGAAGGCCACCACGGCGCGCUGCGGCCUGGACGUGCCCCUCUCCACGCUGGGCCCCGCCGUGGUCAUCUUCCAUGAGACGGUCCACACCAAGCUGCUGGGAUCAGACAAACCCUCCGAGUCGGCCGAGCGCCUGCUCCAGGAGCGCUUCAGGAAGCUGGGGCUCUUCCCGGAGGCCUUCAGCUCCGUCCAGUACCGGGGCACGCGCACCUACAACCCCCCCACGGACUUCAGCGGCCUGCUGCGGACCCUGGAGCAGCAGCUGAACAACAACACCACCCGCUCGCCGCGCACCGCCGCCGUCAUCCACAAGGCCCUGCAGGCCCUGAGUGAGCGCUUCAGUGGGGAUAUCACAGACGAGCACCUGGCCUGUAACUGCUUCUUCCCAGACGAGUACUUCACCUGCUCCAGCAUCUGCCUCAGCUGUGGAUCCUCCUGCAAGAACAGCAUGAAUCACUUGAGGGAAGAGACGGAGCAUGACGCCAAACACCGCUGUCGCUACUCUGCCCAGUACGACAACCGCAUCUACACAUGCAAGUCCUGUUAUGAGCGAGGAAAGGAGGUGAUUGUCGUUCCCAAGACAACGGCCUCGUCUGACUCCCCUUGGUUCGGUCUGGCCAUCUACGCCUGGUCUGGGUAUGUGAUCGAGUGCCCGAACUGUGCAGUGAUCUACCGGAGCAGGCAGUACUGGUAUGGAAACCAGGACCCGGUAGACACCGUGGUCAGAACAGAGAUCCAACACAUCUGGCCUGGGUCGGACGGCUUCCUGAAGGACAACAACAACGCCGCCCAGAGGCUGCUGGACGGAGUGAACUACAUCUCCCAGUCGGUGUCUGAGCUCAGCGUCAAGCCGGCCAAGGCCGUCACCUCCUGGCUGACGGACCAGAUCGCCCCGGCCUACUGGAAGCCCAACUCCCUCAUCCUGGCGUGCCAUACGUGCUCGGAGGCGUUCCAGCCCAACGACACCAAGCACCACUGCCGGGCCUGCGGGGAGGGCUUCUGUGACGCCUGCUCCUCCAAGAGCCGGCCGGUCCCCGAGAGGGGCUGGGGCCUGGCCCCGGUGAGGGUCUGUGACGCCUGCUUCCACAACAGAGGCAUCUCCACCGAGUUGCUGGACGCAGCGCUGGAGGAAGAGGAAGGGGGAACGUUGAUCGCCAGAAAGGUGGGCGAGGCGGUGCAAAGCACCCUGGGAGCUGUAGUCGGCGCCAUAGACAUCCCCCUGGGCCUGGUGAAGGACGCGGCGCGCCCCGCCUACUGGGUCCCCGACCAGGACAUCCAGGCCUGCUGCGAGUGCCAGCGGGAGUUCACGCCGCGCCUGUCCAUCCACCACUGCCGCGCGUGCGGCCAGGGCGUGUGUGACGAGUGCUCCCCGGAGCGGCGCGCCGUGCCCUCCCGCGGCUGGGACCACCCCGUGAGAGUCUGCAACGCCUGCCACCAGAAGCCCGGGGAGCUAUAGCAGGGACGGGCCGCUGGGUGGGGGGGGCCGGGCCGGUGGGGCCAGGGCCGUCAAGGCGGAGGUCUUCCCCGGUCUGGGAGCUGGAAAUUUGGGAAAUCUUGCCGGAUGCAGAAGUGGUCCGCGGUAGUAGAUUCUGAUUGGAUGAUGGGUGGUUUGUUGUUACGGAUACCGGCCUCGGCCUGUUUGUGAAACAUUGGAAUAUGUUUGCUGUUUGUUUGUCUUGUCUUGUUUGUCUGUGUCCCAUUUAAUUCUAUUUCACUUUAAUCGUCAACACUUUUAUGGGAAAACAACAGAACAAAGGUUUUAGUAGAACGAGUUAUCAUUAUCAGGAAAGAGGAUAUCAUGUGCGAUGAUGUUUUAAGUUGUAUUAUAGUAACGGCUUUCCUAAAGGCUGGGCUUGGGCUCAUUUCAUAACACCCCUCUUAACCCCUUGUCUUAGCACUGCUUCACAGUAAACCAGAAGUCCUAUGACAAUCAUACCGAUGUAAUACACUUGAGCAUUAGAGUACUAAAGUGAAAACGUCACGUUGUCCUGGCGACCGGAUUUUCAGUUCUAAACAAACCAGAGAUGGAGUUUUCCAUUGCUGCCUUGUGUUUCUUUGAAAAUGAAAAUAAAUCAAUUUCAAGAGGGGAACAUCACUACCAAUUGAAACCUGUCGAGGCUUUCAUGUAUUCCCCUUGGGUAUUAGAAGGAAAAGUUUGACGUUACUUUAAAGAUAUUUUUAUUUUAUAUGAAUCUACAAUCUAUUCUCAAUAUUCCUACUACAUCAUUGGUAAAGCAAACUUGCAAAUCAAUUCGCAAAAAAAACGUUUGUGUGGCAUAGGAUGUCCCCUUGUUAAUUUGGUUUGUGUAGAACUGAAAAUCGGUUGCUAUGAAAAACUAUUGGAACUAGGUAGUAGUAGUAGUCCGCAAUGAUCUGCAUAAAGCUUCCAGUGUGCGCUGCUGCUUCAAUAAACAGUGCCCUUAAUACUAGCUUAGCGUUAGGACUUAAAUAUUUUAGCUUUAGAACAAAUGGAAAAGCUGGGAAAUGUAGUUUUCCCACAGUUUUCACUCUUAAUCCACAAAUGUACUGUAGCGCUAUAAAUGCAUUCCAUGUUAUUGCAUUAGAACCAAUAGCGAUAUCCUAUAUUCUCGUUUGGCCUAUUUGUGGUUGUGUAUGCAUUUGAAAAGGCUGAUGUUCUGUUCAUAGACUCGCCUUAACAAUGCUGCCCAGUGCCCACACUGACUGUUUAAUUUUAUAUGAAAAAUCUAUACCUAGAGGGAAAAGUUUACUAUAUAAAUAAUGAAAACCAUUUUGUUAAUGGCUUGCUUUUUUAAAAUAUUUAAUUUAUAUAAUCCUAGAACAAUCAACAAGACUGUACUACAUAUGAUCUGCCUCUAAAGAGCGGCUGUGUCUCAGAGCUUCCUGAGGCUGGCCCCUCAGAAGAGGUCGAGAUAGUCGAGCGAGGAGACGCCGUGUAUAGUAGGAUCGUGCUGAAGCCAUGUUUGAACCAGUGGCGGGGCAGAUUUACUUAGAGUUGCACCAUAACAUGUUAGUCUGUUUGAUAUCUGGUUGAACUGCUUUGUGUUUACCGUCCACCACCACAUAUACAGGGCAUUAUAAAGAUCUAAGUGGAGGGGAGACUUAGUAUUCACUUGAAGGGGAAAUAAGCUAGAAAUCUACGACCUCCAUCGUCUUUCCUGAGUCAAGUUGGAGGAACACGGAAAAAAGGCAAAAAAAAGAAAAACCUUUAUCUUGAAUGUGUUGAUAUUUGCUCGGAUAAUAAAGAGACAAACAUUUGACA